CAUCAAUGCGCUGCUCCUUCCCAUUGGUCCGCCUGCCCUCAGCCCCGCCCCUUCCCCUGAUAAGCGGCGGGAAGGGGCGUGGCCAGAGCGGCGGACUCGGGACAGCUCCCCUCAUGCCGGCCACCGUGGCCGUCGUGGGCGGCGGCAUCAGCGGCCUGGCCGCCUGCUACCACCUGGUGCGAGCCCCCCGCCCGCCCAAGGUGGUGCUGCUGGAGGCCAGUGGCCGCUUCGGGGGGUGGCUGCAGAGCACCCGGAGCCCCGAGGGCGCCGUGUUCGAGCACGGCCCGAGGGGCGUCCGGCCCGCGGGGCCCGCGGGGGCCCAGACCCUGCACAUGGUGUCGGAGCUGGGGCUGGCCGGUGACAUCCUGGCUGUCCCCAGGGAGCACCCGGCGGCGCGGAACCGAUUCCUGUACCUGGGGGGGGCCCUGCACCCCCUGCCCUCGGGCCUCAGGGGCUUGCUCCGGGCUGUGCCCCCGUUCUCUCGGGCCCUGCUCUGGAGCGCUCUGCGGGAUCUCCUGACCCCGGCGGGCGCGGGGCCGGACGAGAGCGCCCACGGCUUCGCCCAGCGCCGCUUCGGGCCCGAGGUGGCCGAGCUGGCUGUGGAUUCCCUGUGCCGGGGGGUGUUUGCCGGGGACAGCCGGGCCCUGAGCGUGCGCAGCUGCUUCCCUGCCCUGUUCCAGGCCGAGAGACAGAGGGGCUCCGUGCUGCUGGGGCUGGCACUGCCACACGGUGGCGGCGGGGCGGGCCCCGAGGCGGGGCUGGCGCGGCGGGCGCGGCCCGAACGCUGGAGCCAGUGGUCGCUGCGGGACGGGAUGGAGUCCCUGGCGCGCGCCUUGGUGGCCUUCGUGUCCCCGCGCGGGGCCGAGCUGCGCUGCCACUCGCCCCUGACGCACCUGUGCCACCGCCGCGGCCGCUGGCAGCUCACCGUGCCCGGUGCCACCCUCACGGCCGAUCACGUUGUCAGCGCCCUCCCGGCCUCAGCCCUGGCGCUGGCGCUGCGCGAGGCGGAGCCGCUGGCGCGGGAGCUCCGCGCGAUCCCGGCCGCCUCCGUGGCCGUGGUCAACCUGCAGUACGAGGGCGCCGCGCUGCCCGUCACGGGCUUUGGGCACCUGGUGCCGUCCUCGGAGGACCCGGCGCUCCUGGGCAUCGUCUACGACUCGGUGGCGUUCCCGGAGCACGACGGGACCCCCGCGACCCCCGGGGGGACCUCGCUGCGCCUCACGGUGAUGCUGGGCGGGGCCUGGUUCCAGCAGAGCUUUGGGGACCCCGCCCUGGUGGCCCCGGAGCUGCUGCUGAGCCGGGCACGGGCGGCCGUGAGCGACCACCUGGGGCUGGCCGGGACCCCCAGAAACGCCAUCGUCAGGGUGCAGCAGGACUGCAUCCCCCAGUACACGCUGGGACACUGGGAGCGCUUAGAGCGCAUCCAGCGGUUCCUGAAGGAGCAGCAGCUGCCCCUGAGCCUGAUCGGCGCCUCCUACUCCGGGGUCUCCGUCAACGACUGCAUCGCCAGCGCCAGGGCGGCCGUGGGGAAGAUUUUGGGGUCCCCCCCCGAGCCCUGACCCCCCCCCUGCAGUCCUGGGGUCCCCCCGUGGCCACCAGCGUAGGACAAAAUGAUUUAUUUUUUUUUUUAAUUGAAAAAAACCGUUUAGAAAGGUCCA